AUAUUCAAUGAGCAUGCUAGCUAGAGCGCUUCCUUCAAAACAUACACAAGACAGGUGUGUCAGGAUGGAGGAGGAAUUAAAAUGUCCUCGGUGUUCGGGAUUUUUCUGUGACCCUCUUGUGCUUCCGUGCUCCCAUUCUCUGUGUUCAGGAUGUGCAGAAAAGAUUCAGGAACCGUCACAGAAUUUUAUUUCCCAACUAGAGGACCCUUCUACACCUGUCAUAGGUGAUACGGAAACGAAAGACUUUCCCGACAUCGACAAAGUUAGUCUUGUUAGUGAAACCGACAGUGGAGUUGUCUGUAACAGUAGGCCUAAUAGCUAUGUCGGGACAGCCAGCAUAUCAAACAUAUUCCAGGCAGUCCAGGGAAGUGUCUAUGGAAUUAAGUGUCCCGUCUGUAAGAAAAACGUUUUCUUGGAUGAAAAUGGUCAUCAUUCUCUACCCAAAAAUAAAGUUUUGGAAAUUAUUGUUGAUAAGUAUUGUGGUGAUCAUAAUAAAAAAGUCAAUGUUUUUAUUAAAUGUGAAAUAUGUGAUCAAGAAAACAAAGCAGCUUCUAUCAUGUGUGAACAAUGUGAAGUGUUUUAUUGUGAAAACUGCAAAAAUAGAUGUCACCCGUCUCGUGGAUCUUUAGCAAAGCAUAACCUUGUAGACCCAGUGCAAGGGAAAGCAAUAAUUCGUGCCAAAAAUAAAGGGAAAGAGGCAAAAUGUCGGGAACAUAUGGAAGAGCAUCUUAGUAUGUACUGUUUAGUUUGUAAAACUCCUGUGUGCUAUGUAUGUCACCAAGAGGGCCGUCACGUGAAUCAUGAGGUUCAAGCCCUAGGGGCUAUGUCCAAAUCUCACAAGACGGAAUUAUCACAAACAUUACAAGCACUGUCAGAACGAGCCAAAGUUGGAACAGAGUUCAUACAGAGUAUCCGGGGGAUGUCAGAAAAAGUCCAUGGUAACUCAGUGGACUUCGAGGCUGUAGUGGUGGCACAGUGUGACGCUCUGAUCGAGGCCAUAAAGCACCGCAAGCAGGAGCUCAUCGAAAGUGUGGCCCAGGAGAAGGAUCUGAAGACCCGCGUACUCAAGGACCAAGUGUCUCACUGUACCAGCCUGCUACAGCGCACAACUGGACUACUGCAUUUCUGUAUAGAGGUCCUCAAGGAGAGCGAUGCCGCCUCAUUCCUUCAGGUGUCCAAUGGCUUACUGAGCAGGGUGUCUGUCGCCGACCAAAACUUUAACAAGGAAAUGGAGUUUGUCCCUAGAAUUUCUCCCGAGUUUGAGCUCACACUGGACAACAAGUCUGUUCUACAUGCCAUACAAACUAUGAACUUCUUCCAGAUGAAAGAGGGUGUUGUUGCUCCAAACAAACCUAUGAUCCUCCCGGGGAGCUGUAGUGCAGAGAACAACAGUGUGACCAUCGCCUGGCAACCACACAUCGGCAAUGUUGUAGAGAACUACUCCCUGGAACUGGAUGAUGGCAAUGGGGGAGACUUCAGGGUGGUGUAUGUUGGAAGAGAGACAAUCUGCACCGUGGACGGUCUCCACUUCAACAGUACAUACUUUGCUCGUGUAAAGGCUGGCAACCAUGCCGGUGACAGUGACUACAGCGAACCAAUCAGUCUACAGACGGCAGAAGUUGCCUGGUUCCAGUUUGACCCUUCAGCGUCCCAUCAAGACAUCAUCUUCUCCAACAAGAACUUGACCGCCACUUGUAACAGUUUUGACCAUCGUGUCAUCCUUGGAAGCACUGGAUUUUCAAAGGGUGUCCACUAUUGGGAGAUUGUCAUUGAUCGCUAUGACAACCACACAGAUCCAGCUGUUGGCAUUGCACGAUUUGACAUUGACAAAACAAUGAUGCUAGGAAAGGAUGACAAAGGUUGGGGUAUGUACAUCGACGACAGUCGUAGCUGGUUCAUGCAUCAGGAUUGCCACAAUGACCGAACAGAGGGUGGCAUCAAAUGUGGCAGUGUGAUUGGCAUCUUACUUGACCUGGACAAACACAUGCUUAGUUACUACGUUGACGAGGAACCUCACGGACCAAUCGCCUUCACCAACCUCCACGGCGUAUUCUUCCCCACAGUCAGCAUUAACAGGAAUGUGCAGGUGACCCUGCGGACGGGUAUAGAGCCCCCAGUAGAGAGUGACCACGAAGAGGAAUCCUCGUAGGUCAUUAAGAAUCUCAAGAAUCUCUUUUUCAGCGACUCCAUAAAAUUCAUCUGCUCUGCAUAUGAAUUUUUCUGUUGACCUCAUUUAAACCAGCAUUUACCAAGGUAUUAAAAUCUUGGAGGUAUCCAAAGAUAUUUGUAAACACAGUGACAUCCUAAAAAUUCUGUGAAGGAUGCAUCGCAUUUCUGUGUUGUUCAUCCAAGACAUCUACAUCUACACUACUGGCACAUAUGUAUGAAAGUCAUUUAGGAAGUGCAAGGAACGCAAUCUUGUACAGUAACUAACUUGUAGAAUUAAAAAAUGGAGAACAAGAAUCUUGUCUGUGAAUAUUGAGGUCUGCAUUAAUGUUUACAGGUCUGCCAGGCUCUGUGAAUAUUGAGGUCUGGACUAAUGUUUACAGGUCUGCCAGGCUCAUAGAUAGCUGGCAAAUGUGUGUAAAAAUAUGACCAAAACAAAGGUGUGAGUUUGUGUGUGACUUGUUUUUAAGACAUUAUUGGCUACCAUAUUUAGUGCUUUAUAAAAAGUUCUACGAUGAAUUUCAUGCCAUACAGAUAAGGGGAGGUAACUGCAAUAAUAUAUGUUGGGUUGAGAGAUUUACUGCUGAUGACUGACAACAGCCAACAGCCAACAACAUGGUGCAUAUAUUUAGCAUUGUGGAUGACCAUUUUGAACAUCUAUAUCUUUGCAGUAUUAGUAAUUUUUCAUCACUAUGCAAAGACCUACAUUCAGCAUUCAUGAACAUUAUUAAGGAAACCAAAAUUGUUUCGUUUUUCUAGUCAAUGUUUUAUUUUCGAUUUGUUUUAUUACUAUUUUUGAAAUCCUGUUAUAUAGAUCUUGCAAUGAUUGUACAUUAGAUAAGACAUUUAUAUUUGGAGCAAACGAUUUUAUUUGAUAUCUUGUUUGUGUUUUACUUGAUUUUACCAUGUCAUAAUCACAUGAUGUAUCUUAUCAAUCCACGGUGAGAAUAGUUUGAUUUGUGUACAUGUUGUGGUUUGAUUAUAUCUAAAACAUGUAUUAUGUCAAAACGAAGAGUAGUAAUUCAGUUUUAUGUUUUAGAAUAGAAUCUGUUUGACAGUAUGAUUGCUUUUGUAUCAACAUACUUAAUCGCCAAAUAAGGCAACAGGAUUACCGUGACUAAGUUAUCUCGACUUAUCAACACCUUCUCUGACAAUGUAUAUUUGCUUUUACUUAUUGUACUGCAAUAAUCAAAAAUUAAAUAUCUCAUCAAGUUUUAUAUGAUUUUUCCUAACAUACAAUGUUUAUGUCAAUACCUUUUGUACAUGUAUUUGUAACAGUUCACUAGAACAAACAAACAAAAACAAUUCUAUGUACUAGUUGUUCCCCUUAUCAAAACAGGGCUAAAUCACCUACAACUUUAGAGUGGAAUUUCUCUCUGCUUUCAUAACUGAUUGAAAAAGUACCUACCAUUAAAAAGGGGCUAUAAGUUUUCAGUAAGAAGAUCGUUUCUCUCUAUAUCUUUAAGUUUUUGUAAAAUAAGUAAGUGUAUUUUUGUAAUUUGACAAGGUCUUUUGCCAAAAAUCAAGAUACAUUCAGUUUACUGUAACAAUCAUUAUAUACACUUGUGGAAAUGACUUGCAUUUUAAUGCUAGAUUGGUCCAGUGGAAGAUUCUGCAUUAGUAUAUUGUAUGCUAAGUUUUUAGUGAACAUGCUUAGUUUGUGGUAUUCUAUAUUUGAUAUGUAAUUGUUCUUAACAUAAGAAAGAAUCUUAAGAUAAAAUAUUCUAUUUUAAUCAAAUUUUGGAAAAGAAAUGAGGUUGUGAUUUGUUGAUAUAAUUUUACUACCCAUACAGUGUAUGAUCAAGAAAUAUUCUAGUUGAAUAAUUCAUUUAUUUUGUACAUAAGUAUUUAUUUAUUUUUUGAUUCAUAGUUUGGUUUAAUGAUAAUAUAAUCAUACAUUAUAUUGCUCAUUUCUUUACAUUAUGUUUACAUACAUUUUUCACUUCAUUAUAAUUGACAUCUGCAUCUGUUUGUGGGGGAGUACAAGGGGAGGUAACUUGCUGUGUGGUAGACAGUCUUGUACAUACAACAACCACAAAUAUUAGUUAAUAAAACUAUAAAACAGA